AUGAAUGAUAAAACAAGAGACGACUUAUCUCAACUUCGAAUCAGUUCACAGGACGUUGUGGAUUUAAUUUAUGAUACAUUAGAAUGCUUACAUAAAGUUUUGACGGAAAAUAAUAUUCGAUAUGCUAUAUUUGGUGGCUCAGCUUUAGGUGCUGAACGACAUGGUGGUCUCAUUCCAUGGGAUGAUGAUGCUGAUACAGCUACUCUAGCGGAAGAUGAACAACGACUUGCAAAUUUAACAGAUACAUUUGCUAAACAAGGUUUUGUACUGAAGAAGGUACCAUUAGUAGGUUAUCGUCUUUAUCAUGCAACUUUAGCAAAACCUCGACCUGUUGAUCAACAUCCAUGUCCAUUUGUUGAUGUUUUUGUACUAAAUGAUUCUGGUUUAACUUAUGAAUAUCCAAAUGAAGAAGCACGUACUUCUUGGCCUCAAUCGCCUUUACCAUAUGGUUGUUUUGAUCGUCUAACUGAUGUUAAAUUUGGUCAUUUAACUCUUCGUGGCUUAUCAAAAAAAGAUGUAAAACAACAUUUAGAUGAUAACUAUGGAGAGGAAUGGCCAAAUAUGGCAUGUCGAGACUGGGAUCAUUGUUGUUAUGAAAAUCUUCCGGAUAUACAUGUUCCAUUAAAAGAAGAUGCUACAAAACGACCAGCAUUACAUUCUAAACAUCAACGUGCAGCAAAACCAUUCAAAUCAAUGCUCAAUCAAAAUACACGAUUAAAAACUUAG